GAAAGGAACAAAAAUCGCGUCAACUGUUAAUUAAAACCAGCCAUUGCUAAAAAUAUUAAAGGGCGCACUUAUCGAAUGGGAUAAGACAUGGUUGUAAUGUAAAAUAACCAUCGUGGAAAAUUGCCAUGACUGGUAUUUUUAUAAGAAGUCCCAGAAAAACAGAACAUCCAUGACAGGAUGGAUUCUGCCAUCCACAAGUGCCACCAUACAAAGAAGCUAUUUCACUAGGUGGAUAUUUCACUAAUGGAAAGCUCAUCCAAAGUUUUCUAUUUAGACAGUUUAUCAAACAGCACUUGGAAGAAGCAGUUUGAUCCUGAAGGGAGAACAUAUCCAAAUUCAACUGCCUCUUUCCAACACCAAAUACACAGUGCCCUCCUGGGAUUGUUUCUUAGCACAGUGGUGCUGCUGACAGUGAUCAUGAACAUCAUGGUCCUCUAUGCCGUUAAGAAGGAACGGACACUGCACACAGUGGGAAAUCUCUACAUCGUUAGUCUCUCUGUGGCAGACCUGAUUGUUGGGGUCACUGUGAUGCCUCUUAACCUAGUCUACUUGCUUGUGGAAGAGUGGAACCUUGGGCAUAUAGUUUGCAAAUUUUGGCUGGUAAUGGACUAUGUAGCCAGCACUGCCUCCAUUUUCAGCCUGUUCAUCUUGUGCUUGGAUCGUUAUCGCUCUGUGCGCCAGCCCCUCAGGUACCUGAAAUAUCGCACCAGAGGCAGAGCCAGCAUGAUGAUCUCAGGGGCCUGGUUUCUUUCCAUCAUGUGGAUCAUCCCAAUUUUGGGCUGGCGGGCCUUCUCCGAAACCGGCCCAAAACCAGAAACGGAAAACAAAUGUGACACAGACUUUCAAUUUGUCACAUGGUUCAAAGUUGUGACAGCGGUCGUGAAUUUCUACAUCCCCACCUUGCUGAUGCUCUGGUUUUACAAACAGAUAUAUAUGACCGUGAGGCAACAUUACCAGCAAAGGGAUGACAUCAACAAGACCAUCCGCUUCUCAGACAAAAAUGGAAUUUCUGAUAUCACACCGAGGAACCACAGCAAUCUACCUUAUACAAAUGCUGAAGGUUCAGUAGACCAGUACAGCUUAGAGCAGCCAUAUUACUUAAAGCAAGCCAUUGCAGAACAAAUUAAUGACACUUGGGUGGAAAAACAAACAAACAGAGGUUUCCAUCAGGCAGCAUUGUUCACUGUCACAAAACAUAGAACACCGGUUGAAGAGGCAGAAGAAUGCACUCCACCUUCACAAGACAACCCAGGUCCUGAGACACCUCUAAAUCUAACAUCCCUGCCCAUUAGCUUCCUCCAGUCAGAAAACGACAAGGUGCAAACAAUGUUCUUGUCACUGAAUGACUGCAACUUGUCAGUGCCAAACUCUGUAGCCAGCGUCUGUGAGAUAUCACACUUGCCCGAUGUUCAAGAGUAUGCUUCAAUUUUAUGUAAUGACGAAUUCUUACAACCAGUGGGCUCCCCUUGGUCUCAAGACACUGAGCCGACACUGGACGCGGCCAACGCAGCGACUCUGAAGCAGUCCUGGCAGAGGUUCUGCAUGCAGUCCAAGCAGUGCAUACAUAGCCUUCGCAUCCGAAAGGAGCGCAAAGCAGCCAAGCAGCUGGGGUUCAUCAUUGCUGCAUACAUGGUCUGCUGGAUCCCAUACUUUGUCACCUUCACAGUCAUGGCCUUCUGCAAGACCUGUGUUCAUCACGACCUCCACAUGUUCACCAUCUGGCUAGGCUACUUCAACUCCACACUCAACCCUUUCAUCUACCCGCUCUGCAAUGACAAUUUCAAACGCAUUUUCAAACGCAUACUUCACAUUCACUUGUGAGGAAGUAUGCAGAGGGUCUAGCAGUACUGAAGCUGUGUGCCCUCAUGAUCAUCACUCCCUGCAUUGUCACUUUAACAUGCCUGUUGUGGUU